CCAACAACAGCGUCAUCAAUCCUGCAAAAUAGGCACCAAGUUAUUUCAGUCGCAAGGUUAGCUAAUGAGAAUUGGCGAUAUUCUGUUGCUUACUCGUCUGUCUACUUCCUACUUCGUAAAGGUUCCUUAAGGUCUCUAUUUCUUGAUUUCAGAGCUUACAACCCUUUUUGAGAGCUUCUCGUUUACGGCGCACCACCCACAUAUCCCAUAUAUUCCAAUCGUAUGUCUACAAUAGGUACCUACCAAUAUUUCCGUAUCCUCCUCUAUCCGGUUCAGGAACCGUCGACCAGCUUGCUACCCAAUCUACGCUAAUCUAGGUAUCUUGGGUACCUACAAAUCUAUCUACCUACAUGUAGCUGGUCCCGUGUAAAUCCAACUCUUUUCUCACAUCUUCCCCCCGAACUCAAUAAGCAUUGCUGCUCACGGCGCGCGUGUUCUAUAUUCUGCUUCCAGCCUAGCGACUUAGCGAUACCCCACUACGAAUCUAUGAAUUUACGAUAGCCGACGGUUCAUCUUCCUACCUUAUACCACUAUCGAAGUACUAACGUCUUCCAAUUCGUCUUCCAAUUCGAUUGCUAAGUUAAAUCCGUCGCAAGACGAUACUUUCGUCCAACGAGGCUCCUCGUAUUAAUUCCAACUCGUCCAACUUAAUCGUAUUUCCCCAGAUGAAGUGACCUUAUACCCACCGUUAAUCCACGAAGUUGCCCCGCCCGGGUUACGGCGCAAUACAGUCAGGAUGCUGGAGGGCUUGGUCGCUGGGUUGCUUAACCGUUUCCUGGGUAUGUAUGUCAAAAAUUUCGACCCUACCCAGUUGAAAGUCGGUAUAUGGUCUGGCGAUGUGAAGCUGCGCAACUUGGAGCUCCGUAAGGAGGCUCUCGACCAGUUGAAGCUUCCCAUCAACGUGAUGGAGGGUCAUUUAGGAGAGCUGACCCUCGUCAUACCUUGGUCAAACUUGCGAGGGGCGCCGGUUAAAGUCUUUAUCGAAGACGUUUUCCUGCUUGCGUCUCCAAAGGAAGAAGCGGCCUACGAUGAAGAAGAAGAAGAACGCAGGCGGCAGCGAUUAAAGAUGGAAAAAUUGGACUCUGCUGAGCUUUUGAAAGAAAGGUCGCAGGAAGGACUCAGUCAGGAGGAGCAGAAGAAGAGCCAGAGUUUUACAGAGAGCUUAGUCACUAAGAUUGUCGACAAUCUGCAGGUCACAGUCAAAAAUAUUCAUGUGAGGUACGAGGACUCUAUAUCAGCCCCAGGACAUCCGUUUGCCCUAGGUGUCACUCUUGGUGAAUUCAGUGCUGUCAGUACGGACGGCGAAUGGCAGCCUACCUUUAUCCAGAAUUCAACUAAGACCACACACAAGCUAGCGACCCUCGGGGCGCUGGCAAUCUACUGGAACACAGACACUACCCUGCUAGGUCCAGGCCGUGAAAUGGAAAGGGGAGAUGAGCAUGUGCCCCACGAAGACAUGAUCAAGAGCUUCAAGGAGAUGAUAGGAAAAGGAGACAAUAUCACCCCACCGGCAGAGCAUCAAUUUAUCUUAAAGCCAGUAAGCGGCCAGGCCAAGAUCGAGCUUGACAAAACGGGCGAUGUACAUGUGCCAAAGUUCAAAGCGAGCUUGCUCUUCGAUGAAAUCGGUGUUGUUCUCGACGAUGAUCAAUAUCGAGAUGGCUUAAUGAUGGUUGACCUUUUUCAUUACUUUAUUCGCCACCAGGAAUACAAGAAGCUUCAACCUAAGGGGGUGACACCGAAGGAAGAUCCUCGUGCCUGGCUUAAGUUUGCCGGGAACGCAGUACUCACUAAAAUCCACGAGAGGAACCGUAGAUGGACAUGGGAUUACUUUCGUGAACGUCGUGAUGACCGUCGUCUAUACAUUGAACUUUUCAAGAAAAAGAAGGCAAAUCAGCAACUAUCGCCACAGGAAAUUGACGACAUUAAUAAGCUUGAGUGGAAGCUUGGUUAUGAAGACUUGCGAUUCUGGAGAUCAUUAGCGCGCAAUCAACUACGAAAGGAGAACGCAGAAGCUCUCAGGAAAGCACCAUCUAAUGAACCGCAACAACAAGGAUGGUUAGCUUGGGCGUGGGGUUCGAAGCCAUCCGAGCCCACCGACUCAACGGAGGAAAAUACUCAGAUGACCGAGGAGCAGCGCAAAGAGCUCUACGAGGCGAUCGACUGGGACGAGAAAACCGCUCUGGCUGAGGCUGUAGACAUGCCACGUGACAUCAUUAAAAUGCAAGUUGAUGCAUCUCUUAGUACCGGCAGUUUUACUCUGAGACAAAAUCCCCAUGGAAAUACGACCGAUUUGCUAAGUCUGCAUUUUGAUGUCUUCAAAGCGAAAGCGUUUCAAAGGCCCGACUCCGUCCUUGCUGAUAUUAGCCUUGGUGGUUUCCGAGUCAAUGACGGUACUACCCCAGAGAGUUUAUUCAAGGAGAUUGUUCGGGUUAAGGAUGCUCCAGAUACGAAGAGCAAGAGACGGCUUUCCAUCGCCGAACUCGAGAAGUCUGAACAGGAGACCUUCUUUGACCUGCAGGUUGAGCAGAAUCCCCUUGAUGGGAAGAGCGACUUCGCAGUCACGGCGAAGCUCAAGCCACUAGAGAUCGUGUGGAACCCCAACUUCGUUGUGGGUGUUGUUGACUUCUUCAAGCCACCUGAGAGGCACAUGGAAUCCAUAACGGCAUUGAUGGAGACUGCUGGGGCUACUGUUGAAGGGUUGAGACAGCAGACGCGUGCCGGCCUUGAGUUCGCUCUUGAGGAGCAUAAGACUAUCAAUGCUAAGCUAGACCUUCAGGCCCCCCUUAUCAUAAUUCCCCAGUCUAUCAAGACAGCGCGAUCUACAUGUCUCAUUCUAGACGCUGGUCAUAUUAGCGUAAAUAGUGAGCUAGUCGACAAAGGGACUUUGAAGCAGAUACAGGACAAGCACAACCAGCAGUUCUCCGAUGAAGACUUCAAACAACUCGAGUCUCUCAUGUAUGACCGCUUCUUAGUUAAACUAACAUCAACACAGGUCCUAAUUGGACCUUCUAUCGACGAGACGAAGUCCCAGUUAGUCGAUAAGGAUGAUAGUCGGAUGCUUCAUAUCGUGGAGAAGAUCAAUGUCGACUUCGUAGUAGCCCUAUCGAUAUUGCCAAAGGCGCCUAACCUGACAAAGGUCAAGGUAUCAGGUCACAUGCCUGUACUUCAGGCAAUGGCUUCUGAUACUAAAUAUAAGAGUCUGAUGAAGUUAAUUGAUGUCGCUAUACCAAAAUUUGACGAGGAGCAGCAGCAAGUCAGAACCGAAGGCCAGUUUAAAAGACCACGUCUACUCAGUUCCGCGUCGAGCCGUUUGCCAAAAUCACACGACCACAAGGCUUCAUCCAAUCUAUUCCUCACUCAACAAACUGCUGUGAUUCUGGAAGACGAGUCAGACGACGACUCGGAUGAAUUCGAGGAUGCUGCGGAUGGAAGUUCAAAUCAGCGGCUUAAGACGCAGCAACGCAACUUUGAAUUCAAAUUCGCUGUUGACAAGUUACAAGGCUCUCUUUAUCGCAGUGACCCCGAUGGGGUGCGACCCGAGUCCCUACUUGUAGAACUAAUCGCGGAGAACUUUGAUCUUAAUUUCUACAUUAGGUCUUACGAUAUGGCAGCAGAGGUAUCCCUAGGCUCCGUGUCGGUGGAUGACUUCGUCGACAAUCCUCCGGCAGAGUUCAAAUCUAUUGUGUCGUCUGGUGAUAUUGAGGACCGCCAGCAACAGAGAGACCUCGUUCGUGUAAAGUUCACCAGAGUCAAGAGGGAAUCUCCAGAGUUCAUGCCAGUGUACGAUGGAAUAGAGACAAAUGUCAACGUCGCGGUCUCCACAAUUAACUUGGUUGUGACGAGGAAGACCUUGCUCACGCUAUUGGACUUCGUGCUCACUACAUUUACUAAUAAUAGCAGCUCAAAUUCUCAGCAGCAGAGAAAUAUUAGAGACAUAGAUGAAGAAGACACGGUUGAAGUCGUUGAGCCGGCCGUUAAUUCCCAGCAGAACGAGGGCGGUUCUAUCCGCGUCAAGGUUGAUCUCAAGAGUAUUCGCAUGAUUUUGAACAACGAUGGAAUUCGAUUGGCAACACUCUCGUUCAACCACGCCGACGUUGGGGUUUUCCUUCUAGGUAGAACAAUGAGAGUAGCGGCCAAGUUAGGCGAUUUAACGCUAGUAGAUGAUGUUAAUAUUGGCGCGUCAGAAAAUUCGAGCUUCCGCCAACUCGUCACGAUCCAAGGGGACGAGCUCGCUGAUUUCCGCUAUGAGACAUAUGAUCCAAGCAAUGGAAAAGCUUACCCAGGAUAUGAUUCGUCUAUCUAUCUACGUGCUGGGUCUAUCAAGGUUAAUUUCCUUGAGGAGCCGUUCAGAAAGAUUAUCGAAUUCUUGGUCAAGUUUGGCAAAAUGCAGGCCAUCUUUAAUGCUGCUCGCCAAGCAGCUGCUAACCAAGCCCAGCAACUCCAGCAAAGCACCAGCAGGUUCAAAUUUGAUGUCAUAGUCAACACCCCCAUCAUCGUGUUCCCCCGCGCUCUCUCGCCGGAUCGGCCAAAACGAGAUCUAAUCACUGCUUAUCUGGGUGAGAUAUACGCCCAGAAUAAGUUCGCGCCAUUAGAUGAUACGGAAGACUCGGAAAUCGCUAUGAAGCUCUCCGCGGGUAUUAGAAACAUUAGAUUAACGUCUCUAUUCCAUUACCCCAACGAGCAGUCUGAAGAACUUGAAAUGAUUGACCACGUGGAUCUUGGCUUUAAUAUCACCUACGCCGAACAUAAGGAGGGAUGGAAGCGGCCAGAUAUGGAGAUUGAAGGCAGCAUGACCGACUUCAACCUGAGGAUUACCCAAUACCAGCUCAACUUCCUCUUAGGCAUUUCCAGAUCCAUACCAGCAGCCUUCGCAACAGAUGCCAAUGCUAGAGGAGAGGAAGCUGAGCGAGAUGUUGACGAAGAUACAUUGCGACGAGCUAAAACGAUGUCAUCUACUGCCAGCAGGUCUGAAGACAAGUUAAUUGACCUUUCUCCAGAAUUAGGCUCGAGAGAAGACGUCUGGACAAAGCUUGACCUCGUAUUUAAUAUACACGAAAUCGGUCUUGAGCUAAUCAAUGCCCACGAACACCAACCUGUGGGCGACAUGGACAACGCUAGUCUAUCACGAUUCUCCCUGGAUGACAGCAGGUUGAAGACCCGAAUGCUAGCAGACAGCUCACUAGAGGCAGAAUUUGUAAUUCAGUCAUUUACCAUACACGAUAGUCGUUCCCGAGAGGGUAGUAAGUAUAGGAGAAUCAUGGCAUCUUCUAACAAGACGGUCCAACAAUUCAUGGCGAGCGUAUCUAUGUCUGGGGGCGAUGAGCGCAAUCUAAUCGCUGUGAUCGCCAUCGACAGUCCUAGAAUCAUCUUCGCUUUGGAUUACCUUUUUGCAAUUCAAAAGUUCGUCAUGACUGGCUUGCAAGCUGAUGAACCCCCACCAGCUGCCUUAGAAAGUCCUGGAGAAACCCCCGAUAUUUCUGACGCCGAGUCAAUGCAAGUACAAUGGGCAGGGGGGUCGUCACAAAAAAGCACCAAAGGACCCCAGCCAGAGCAGGUGGCUAAGAAGAACGAGAAUUCUAAGCUUAACAUUGCCUUCCGUGUUAAUAUUGUUGACUCGCAAGUCAUACUAAUAGCCAACCCCCUAAGCUCUAGCUCAGAAGCAAUUGUUCUAAGCACGAAACAGGUGUUACUUUCACAACAACAUUCAAUGACUUUCCAAGUCGCCCAAGUUGGAAUGUUUCUCUGCCGCAUGGAUAAAUUCGAUGAGACUCGACUUCGUAUCCUCGACAACUUCUCGAUCCAGGUAUCAAUGGACAAUUCACGGGCGGACUAUACAAACAUCCAUGUUGAUAUUGAUCCGCUAAUUCUCCGGCUUUCACUUCGAGACAUCCUCCUUGUCCUCCAGAUUAUUAGCAAGGCAUCUGAGCUUUCCGAAAAGGAUGAUAGCGAGCCUAAGAGCGGUGCAUCUAACAAGAAAGUAAAGCAACUGGGACAAGCCGGCCUUAAAGAGCGUACAGCGAGUGGUCGGGGGCACUCUGCUAUUGCUACUAGGAAUAAAACAGCGAAAAAUUCCGGUACGAUAGUCGCUAAGAAAUCCGGAAAGGACCAAUCCCACCAACCCCACGAUAUUAGCACAGCUCCUAAGCGCCAUGAGGAACUUACUGCUGCAAUUGAUGGAAUUCGUGUUGUACUGAUUGGUGAUGUUCACGAAUUGCCGAUCCUAGAUCUAAGCAUCAAUAAAUUCAAAGCAUCAUCAACGGACUGGUCUAGUAAUCUCAAAGCUGAGACCGCGAUUGAUAUGUAUAUCAACGUCUACAAUUUCGCAAAGUCUGCUUGGGAGCCACUCUUGGAACCCUGGCAAGUAGGUCUUGGCGUUGCGAAACAGCAGGAGACCGGCCUCUUCUCAGUUGACGUCUCAUCGAAAAGAACAUUUGAUGUUACGGUCACAACUGCAACAAUCGCCUUGGCGUCUAAGUCAUUCGACUUUUUGACUAAAGAUGAAGAUGUGUUAGGCAAACCCCGUGGAGUAGAGGCUCCCUACAAGAUCCGAAACUAUACCGGCUUCGACGUCUCAGUGCAGGCUAGAAGCCAGAGCAGCGAUGAGAACAUCUCCCUCAAAUUGCAAGACGGCGAAGAAGGCCCAUGGAGCUUCGAACAUUGGGAAAAGAUGCGAGAAAAUAUCAUGUCAGAGAGCAAUGUGGCGAGCAGCGUUGCGGUUGAAAUUGAAGGCAGCGGUUUUGAUAUAGUUAAGAACAUCCGUCUUAGCCGUGAAGGCGAGUUCCUUUAUAGCUUACGACCUAAAACGGAUGACACCCUCCAUCGGCUACUCGUUGAAGUAAAACUUGGCUCAGACAAUAUCAAAUAUGUCACGCUUCGCUCCCCCCUCGUGGUGACAAACGAGACACAGAUACCAGUUGAAUUAGGUGUGUACGAUGUCCAAGAAGGCCAUCUGCUUAAGAUCGAGAAGAUUGCACCAGGAGAAAGCCGACCGGCUCCGGUAGCUGCCGCCUAUGUCAAAUCCUUAUUGAUACGGCCAGAUUCGGGCUUUGGUUACGCAUGGUCAUCCGAACAUUUAUGGUGGAGAGAUCUACUCAAGAGACCCACGCGUACACUCAUGUGCAAAGGCGACAACAGUGAUACAUUCUUUUUCCAACUCAGCGCGAACUUCGACCGAGGCCACUUCCUCACCGGGAAAUACCCGUACAUGAGCUUAAAGCUCUCCCCUCCAGUAGUCUUAGAGAACCUUCUUCCUUACGAUUUCAAAUACCGCAUUUACGACAAAAAUACAAAACGAGAUUGGACAAACUUCCUAAGGAAGGGUGGUGUUAGUCCGGUCCACGUAGUAGAGCUGUCUCAUCUUCUCUUACUGAGCAUCAACAUGCAAGAUACCAAAUUCAAGUCUAGCGAAUUUGCUAUUAUCAAUUCUGGCGCACAAGAAGACUUUCGUAAAGAACAUAAACUAAUAUGCAAGGAUAGCGAAGACCUCUCUCUCUACCUUAGGCUUCAUUAUUUCAAGAUCCCAGAUGGGGGCGGUGCUUUCAAGGUUACCGUGUACAGUCCUUAUGUCGUACUCAACAAGACUGGUUUGGAGGUUGAAAUCCGCAGCAAGCAGUUCUUGCAGCAGCCAAAGAGGGCUGCGGGUCAGUCAGCCAUAGCAGAUACCUCAGAUCAAGAGCGACCAAAAGCUUUACCGUUCAUGUUCUCGUAUGCCAAUGACGACCAACGCAACCGAGCCCUCCUCAAAAUAGGCGACUCGGAUUGGAGUAAACCGCAGAGUUUCGAUGCUAUCGGGAGCACAACAGAAAUUGUUUUACCAUCGUCGAAAAAGGAUUCCGAAAUCCACGUUGGUGUCACUGUGGAGCCCGGUGAGGGUAAAUACAAGUUGACAAAAGUCGUCACUCUAGCACCGCGCUUCGUGAUCAAAAACAAGAUCGGCGAAGAGCUCGUUAUCAGAGAGCCAACUUCGUCGAAGACUAUGACCCUGAAUCCUGGGGGUCUGCAGCCUCUUCACUGGCUUCAAAGAUCGGCUACAAAACAAAUAGUUAUGAGAUUCCCAGGGAUCGACGAUCAGUGGACAUCACCGAUCAACAUAUCGGAUUUGGGUACUGUGCAUAUCAAAAUCGCAAGAGCUGGGCAGCGACAACGCCUCAUUCGAGUUGAAGUUUUGAUGGAGGAUGCGACGAUCUUCCUCCACCUUAGCAUGGAGACAAAGAAUUGGCCCUUUUCCAUGCGAAAUGAAAGUGACAUUGAGUUCACUUUCUAUCAAGCAAACCCGAAUAUAGACGAGGAUGGAGUUGAGGAUCGCUCCGGGUGGAGGCCGGUUAGAUACCGCUUGCCACCACGUAGCAUUAUGCCCUAUGCUUGGGACUUCCCAGCCGCCAAGUUCAAGGAAGUGGUAAUCAGCGCAUUUGGUAAAGAACGUCACGUAAAGCUAGCGGAAAUUGGCAAUCAGAUCCCAAUGAAAUUCGUCGACGGUUCCGGUACCCAAAAGAUCAUCGACAUCACUGUUGCUGCCGAUGGACCAACUCAGACGCUUAUUUUGUCUAAUUUCAAGCCAAGCAAGAGCCUUUACCGCCAGAGGACACAGAUGGGCUCGAGCAACAGUGCCGGUGGCUUUGAAGUCAAGAGCCAGGAUACUGACACAACGUUCCAGGCACAGUUGAAGCUUUCUGGAGUUGGUAUCUCGCUUAUCAAUCAACAGUUGAAGGAAUUGGCAUACAUAACAUUCAGAGACAUCAACCUUCGUUAUAGUGAAUCGGCUCUCUACCAGACCGUCAGUACUUCCGUUAAAUGGAUACAGAUUGAUAACCAGCUAUACGGCGGUCUCUUCCCAAUGAUACUCUACCCUAGUGUAGUCCCAAAGCAAGCACGGGAGACUGAGCUGCACCCUUCAUUACAUGCCAUGGUUACAAGAGUCAAGGACGACUCGUAUGGCGUUCUAUACGUCAAAUACGCCACAGUACUACUUCAGCAGAUGACCAUUGAUCUCGAUGAGGAUUUCAUCUAUGCCGUUCUAGAUUUCUCCAAGAUCCCUGGAGCCUCCUGGUCUGAAACGAAUGAGGGUAAGCUCUGCGAUGAAGGCCUAGAUAUUCCUGAGCCGAAGCAAGAACAGUCAGGUCAGGACAUUUACUUUGAAGUCCUAAACAUACAGCCGAUGCAAUUAGAUUUGUCUUUCAUGCGUACCGAACGCGUUAACGUAGAGGACAAGACCUCCUCUCGGAAUCCUAUCAUGUUUUUCGUCAACGUGAUGACCAUGGCCAUCGGGAAUGUCAAUGAUGCUCCGAUCCGGUUGAAUGCAUUAUUAUUAGAAAAUGCUCGAGUCUCCAUUCCCGUUUUGACACAGAACAUCUCCAAUCACUACAGCCAAGAAGUUCUAUACCAGGUCCAUAAGAUCAUCGGCAGUGCUGACUUCCUCGGCAACCCCGUCGGUUUAUUCAACAGUAUCAGUAGCGGUAUAACCGACGUCUUCUACGAGCCGUACCAAGGGCUUAUCAUGUCUGAUAAGCCCGAAGACCUAGGUCUAGGAAUUGCAAAGGGAGCCGCUAGCUUUGUCAAAAAGUCCGUCUACGGUUUCUCUGAUUCCUUUUCCAAAGUCACUGGAAGCUUUGGCAAGGGCCUAGCUGCCGCGACUCUCGACAAGCAAUUCCAAGAUCGCCGGCGUAUUACGCGAGCUCGCAACCGGCCCAAGCAUGCCUUAUUCGGUGUUACCGCUGGUGCAAACUCCUUUUUCACCUCGAUUGCGUCCGGCAUCGGCGGCGUUGCCCGGAAACCUCUUGAAGGCGCGGAACAGGAAGGGGCCGUUGGUUUCUUUAAAGGUGUUGGGAAAGGCUUCAUUGGUCUCGCAACUAAGCCUGCCGUCGGAGUGUUCGACCUCGCGUCCAACGUGUCCGAAGGUAUUCGCAAUACCACAACCGUCUUCGACGGUUCUGAGCUCGACCGCGUCCGCCUGACGCGGUUUAUACCCGCGGAUGGUAUCGUCCGUCCUUACAAUCAGCGCGAAGCCUUAGGACAGUCCUGGCUCAAGCAGGUAGACAACGGGAAAUAUUUCAACGAGAACUACAUCGCACACUUGGAACUACCCAGAGAAGACAUGGUGGUCAUGGUCACGUUCAGCCGAAUUCUUCUCAUUAGAAGCCGGAGACUUACUACCGAAUGGGAUAUACCGCUAAAGGACGUGCAGACAAUCGCGAAGGAACGCACAGGCCUCAGCAUCGUGUUGCGCGGCGGUACUAACGGGCCGUUUAUCCCUGUCGGUGAAGAGAGCGGACGGGCCUUCUUGUACCGAAUGGUAGCCGUAGCUGUAGAAGAAUUCAAUCGUAGAUUCAGGGGCUUGGAGUGA